CUUGCCCCUAACUUACAGCAUCCGAAAGUCCCUCUCGUCCUAUCGUCCUAUACCACUAUGUCGGCUGCAAAGGAUAAAUCCAAGGUUCACAAGCUGUCCUUGAAAGGAUCGGCGAAGCUGGUCGCAGAAUUCUUUGAAUACUCCAUCAAUUCUAUUCUUUUCCAGCGGGGUGUGUAUCCUCCGGAGGACUUCACUACGGUUAAGAAAUAUGGCCUCAACAUGCUCGUCACCUCCGACGACCAAGUCAAAGCCUACAUCAAGAAGAUUAUGUCGCAAUUGAACAAGUGGAUGAUGGGAGGGAAAAUCUCCAAACUUGUGGUUGUGAUCACAGACAAAGAGACUGGGGAGCACGUGGAGAGAUGGCAAUUUGACGUCCAAAUCUUCGGCAGACACUCCAAGAGCCACUCUUCCAAGUCGACUGGCGACAAAGAGAACGCUACCCCCGGCGACAAGGAACCCCAACCCGCCACCGUGGAGAAGACCGAGAAGGAGAUACAAGAGGAAAUCCAGGCGAUCUUCCGGCAAAUCACCGCCUCCGUGACCUUUCUGCCCGUGCUCAACGGAUACUGCACCUUCAACGUCCUGGUGUACGCGGACGCCGACUCCGAGGUCCCCGUCGAAUGGGGCGACAGCGACGCGAAAGAGAUCAAGAACGCGGAGAAGGUCCAACUCCGGAGCUUCAGCACGAACAACCACCGAGUCGAGACUCUAGUCAGCUAUCGCCUGGCUGAUUGAUUGAGAUUCCUUGUUUUUUGUUUCUUCUUUCAAACGGCGUUGUGGGAAUGAGAGGAAGGCGGAGUAGCAUCUGGGACAUUUGACAUACACAUUCUUCGGGGACCUUCAUACAUCAAACCCAUGUAUUCUUUGCAAAAUCGCACACAAUGAACGACUUUAAU